CUGGAGAGGCGGGGUCAAGCCAGGCCAAGUUCUCCCGCUGUCCCGGGUCCUGGAGCUCUCCAGGCCGGGCACGUCUGUCAUCGCUCUGGCCUCUCUUUUAAGGGCCGGGCCACUGCAUAUGUAGGAUUGAACAAGAGGCUGGUGCCAGGCGGAGGCUGUUGAGCUCCAAGGCUCUGCCCUCCGGUCAAGGUGCCUGCUGGGACUUUGGCGAGCUCAGCUCCCUGGUCAAGCAGGUGCCAGAACACUGCGCUGUGUCUCCAGUAGCUCUGAGGGCUCUGUGCUCACCCUGUCCUGGUGGUGCCUGAGUUGGAACAUGGUGCAAAAAUACCAGUCUCCUGUCCGAGUGUACAAGUAUCCAUUUGAGCUGGUCAUGGCGGCCUACGAGAAGCGCUUCCCCACUUGCCCUCUCAUUCCUGUUUUCCUGGGUAGCGAAAUCCUGGGCGAGUGGAGAAGCGCAGAUGGGGCUGUGCACACGGUGGAACGGAGCUGCCGGCUGCGCGUGGACGCCCCGCGGCUGCUGCGGAAGAUUGCUGGUGUGGAGCACGUGGUCUUCGUUCAGAGAAACGUCCUGAACUGGAGAGAGAGAACACUGUUGAUAGAUGCGCACAAUGAGACCUUCUCGAGCCGAGUGACAGUGAAGGAGAACUGCCGCUACACAGUCCAUCCUGAGAAUGAAGACUGGACUUGCUUUGAACAGUCUGCCUCCCUGGAUGUCCGAUCCUUCUUUGGCUUUGAAAGCACCUUGGAGAAGAUCGCCAUGAAGCAGUACACUGCCAAUGUCAAGAGGGGGAAAGAGGUGAUUGAGCACUACCUGAAUGAGCUCAUUUCCCAGGGAACAUCUCACAUUCCUCGCUGGACGCCUGCCCCAGUCCGGGAGGAAGAUGCCCGCAAUCAGGCUGUGCACCAGUGUCCCAGCUCCAUGGAGACAGAUGGUCCCAGUGAUGCCACAGGCCCUGAUCCUGAGAUGGCCACAGCUGAUGGGGACAAGCUGGAUGCAGACUACAUCGAGAGGUGCCUGGGCCAUCUCACUCCCAUGCAGGAGAGUUGCCUGGUCCAGCUUCGGCUCUGGUUACAGGAGACUCACAAAGGCAAGAUACCUAAAGAUGAGCACAUCCUGCGCUUUCUGCGGGCACGAGACUUCCACCUGGACAAGGCCCGGGACAUGUUGUGCCAGUCCCUGAGCUGGCGGAAGCAGCACCAGGUGGAUCACCUUCUGCAGACCUGGCAGCCUCCUGCUCCCCUGCAGGAGUUCUAUGCCGGAGGCUGGCACUACCAGGACAUAGAUGGUCGCCCACUCUACAUCCUGCGCUUGGGCCAGAUGGACACCAAAGGCCUGAUGAAGGCAGUAGGCGAGGAGGCGCUGCUGCAGCAUGUUCUUUCUGUCAACGAGGAAGGACAGAAGAGAUGCGAAGGAAACACAAGACAGUUUGGCCGUCCCAUCAGCUCCUGGACCUGCCUACUGGACCUGGAGGGCCUCAACAUGCGGCAUCUGUGGCGGCCAGGGGUGAAGGCCCUGCUGCGGAUGAUCGAGGUGGUGGAGGACAACUACCCUGAGACCCUGGGCCGGCUUCUCAUCGUGCGUGCACCCCGCGUAUUCCCUGUGCUGUGGACGCUGGUCAGCCCUUUCAUCAAUGAAAAUACCAGGAGGAAGUUCCUUAUCUAUAGUGGCAGCAAUUACCAGGGCCCUGGCGGCCUGGUGGACUACUUGGACAAGGCUGUGAUCCCUGACUUCCUGGGAGGAGAAAGUGUGUGUAAUGUUCCAGAAGGAGGCCUGGUCCCCAAGUCCCUGUAUCUGACUGAAGAGGAGCAGGAGCAGGCUGACCAGCUUCGGCAGUGGAGUGAAACCUACCAUGCAGCUAGCGUGUUCCACGGGACCCCCCAUGAGGUAGCCAUGGAGAUUCCAGAAGGAGAGUCUGUUAUCACCUGGGACUUUGACAUCCUUCGAGGAGAUGUGGUGUUCAGUUUGUAUCAUGUAAAGCAGGCACUCAAGCUCAGUCCCCAGGAGCCUGGAGUUAGAGCCAGUGGGCAGCUGAUUGACAAGAGCUGGGUCCUCGGGGCAGAUUACAGCCGUGUAGAGGUGCCCCUCAUCUGCCGGGAAGGUCAGAGCAUUCAGGGUUCCCAUGUGACUCAGUGGCCUGGUACCUACCUGCUCCAGUGGCAGAUUCACAGUCCCUCUGAGAGUGUGGCCUGCAGCCUUCCAGGUGUGGGUGAUGUCCUGACAGCUCUGCACAGCCCUGGCCCCAAGAGCAAGCUGCUGUACUACUGUGAAGUGCUGGCAUCUGAAGACUUUAGGGGCUCCAUGUCCAGCCUGGAAUCCUGCACCAGCCGCUUCUCUCAGCUCAGCGCAACCACUUCUUCCUCCUCUGGCCAGUCCCACAGUGGCUCAGUGGUGUCCAGAUAGCUGGCUGGGAACCUUCUGGCAGUUCGAGUGCUUCUGGUAUCGGGCAGUGUCCAGGAUGAAAAGAGCCAGUCCAGACACCUGGGACUGUGCUGGAUACAGACGAUGCCACAGCUGGGGUGUGGGGACCCUACAGCAGAGAUCCAGCUCUCUGCCUGUGUGCAGAGGGAGCCUUACUUCACCACCCUUGAGGGGACAAGGACUGACACUAUACUUUGACUUUCUUUUAAAUGCUGAGACCUCAUGGAUGCUCCAUCUCUUAUGCCCUGGAUCUGGAGUCUAGGGCUGGGACUGACUGAGACUGGGUUGUGUCUCAAUUACUGUGCUUCCAAUAGGAUGGCUCUUUCCUCAGGGAGGACUUUUCUACCAAGGGAUCAUCACUGUUUGGUGCCCUCCUCCAUCUCCCAGGAGAGUGCAGAAGGGAACAUCCCUUGUCAAGGUUUCAGACCACUUGGCUUGCAGGUGCCUGGGUCCGUUCUGAGCCAAUCAGUCAUCAGGGAGUGUGAAGGGCACUUGAUUGCCAGCACGGUCUUAUCUGGACCAAUAACUGUGGUUUGGGGAUAGAAUGCAGUGCAGUUAUUGGCCAGUUUGGAUUACAGGAACAUUUCUGGGGCCAAUCACAUGGUCUGGGAAGGGCAAGGUGGGCUGAAGGAUUACUGGGGCACAGGUGGCUGGGGAGAUGGUCACCUUAGCACCUGGUCAUUUGUUUGUGGCUGAGUACUGUCCAAGGAGCUGUGAUGGGGAGUUGGGGCUCCACUUCCUACAGGAAACCACCUGCUAUGGGCUGUAUUUCUGCUUUCUAGAUUGUGGAGCACUUAACCUUGACUUGAGGAACAUAGUUCCACCCAGGGCUUCUGCCUAGCUCCAGGCAGUGAUGGGGUGAUGGGGUGACUCCAGCUGUUCUUGUUCCCCUCCAGAGUCUCUUUUCUUCCUGAGGCGCUUCUCCUUUAUGAUUUUUUAAAAACUGAAAACUCUUAUCUCUGAGUGACAGGACACUUCUGGUCAGCCCAGGAGAGCUUAGUUGGAUCCCAUCUCAACAUGGUGCUAGGCAUCCCCUGGGGGUGGAGAUGGUUGUCCCUGUCCUGGAGUUGCUCUGACUCAGGAACUCCAAGAUUGAUACCACUUUCCCAGAUACUCCAUGGGAGUAGUGGGUCUUCUUGGAGACCAAGGGCUUGUUCUUUCCAUUUCCAGGAUCUGCAGAAGGUGAGAUCACUGUUUAUUGACCUCUGGCUAGUUGCAGCCUCCCUUUGGUGUUUUUGUGUUUUGCCUACAGUGUGGCUUGAAACUUGAGGCACAGCAUAUAGACAUCAGGAUUCAGAUGCAGUUUUCCUUAGUCCACACUGUUUUCCACCUCCACCAACCAGCACUGACCUACACCACUGCCCCAGGUUCCACCUAAUGGAAGAUCUGAUCUGUGCACGGCCUCAGAACCAACCUGGGCCAGAAGCUCCUCAUUGCUCUUCUCUGUCAGCCUUGCUUAGAGUCAGGGUCAUUUCUACAGCUCACUAGGCUAAGGGGUGGUUUCUGGCUGGGGGGCCAGGUGAGCAAGCAUGGACUUCAUGCUGGCACCCACCCCAAAUCCAGAGCAGUAGGAAACAGAACCUUGAAGGGAGAACCUUCCAUUGAUGGAAAGCCUGACCAGAUUCUUCCUUGUUCUGUUCUGUUCUUUAGGAAUAGC